AUGGGUUUCAAGUCAAGAAAAUGGAUGCUCUUACUCUUGCUCAACGUGCUGGGACUGGUGGGAAUCUUCUUUCUGUCCAAUACCAAAUCGACCCACAAUGGCCAUCCGGUUCCGGAUGUUACUAGGUUGAUGGAGAAGAGACCGCUGAUAGAGCCGGUGACUGAACGAGAACCGGAGACGACGUCAAUGGAGCCGGAGAGAACCGGUGAGAGCGUCCAGGACAGUCUGAAGGAGCGGCUCCGUUACCUGGAGGACAUCGUGUUCAAAUACCUGAGGGGUUUUUCCAAAACUCUGGGUCUGGUUGAGGGCUUCGAUGCUCCAGGCGCAGACGGUGUUCCCUUUACGCUGUCUCCUAAAGACCAAAUCCAAGCGGAAAUCCAGAAGGAUAAGUACGGCUAUGAUGCCAUCAUGAGCGACAAGAUCUCGCUGGAUCGAACUAUACCAGACUUCAGACCCAGCAAAUGCAAAGAGUACACCUACCCGACAGAGCUCCCCCAGAUCGCCCUUAUCUUUAUCUUCGUCAACGAGGCCCUGUCCGUCAUCCUGCGCUCCAUCCACUCAGCUGUCAAUCACACACCAGCACACCUGCUCAAGGAAAUCAUCCUGGUAGAUGACUGCAGCGAUGACGAGCUUCUGAAAGGACCGUUGGAGGAGUACGUGAAUAAGCGCUACCCUGGUCUGGUUAAGAUCAUCAGGAACAAAAAGAGGGAGGGUCUUAUACGGGCCAGGAUUGCGGGGUGGAACGCGGCCACCGCCGACGUCACAGGGUUCUUUGAUGCCCACAUGGAGUUCACUCCUUUCUGGGCGGAGCCGGUUCUGACCCGAAUCAAGGAGGACCGCACCAGGAUCAUCUUGCCGGCGAUCGACAACAUCGAGCAAGAUACCUUUGGGUUGGUGACCUAUGGGCAGCCGGCCCAUGGCUACGACUGGCAGCUGUGGUGUAAAUACAUAAAGCCUUCGAAAACAUGGACGGACCUGAAUGACAACACAGUCCCCAUCAGAAGUCCCUCUAUGAUUGGCUGCUCCUUCGUGGUAGACCGGGUUUACUUUGGUGAGCUGGGCCUGUUUGACCCUGGAAUGGACAUCUAUGGGGGAGAGAACGUGGAACUGGGCAUCAGGGUGUGGACGUGCGGCGGUAGCAUGGAGAUGCUGCCGUGCUCACGCGUGGCUCAUAUCACACGCAGGAAGAAACCUUACCUGAAAGAUUCCCUAGCGGUCAUCAUGCGGCGCAACGGUCUUCGCGUGGCUGAGGUUUGGAUGGAUGAAUACAAACUCAACUUCUACAUGGCCUGGAACAUUCCCAUGGAGGGUCACGGUAUCGACUAUGGAAAUGUCACAGAGAGGGUGGAACUCCGGAAGAGACUGCAGUGUAAGAACUUCAAGUGGUACCUGGACAACGUUUACCCUGAAAUGAAGACGCACCAAAACACUCGCCUCUACGGCAUGAUGUACAACUUCAACGCCACUAACCUCUGUUUGGACCAGGGUGACCCGAUGGGGCACACCGUCAUUCUGUACAGUUGCCAUGGUUACGCUCCUCAGUUGGUGCGCUACAACGCAAUCAAUCAGCUGUUCCUGGGCCAGCUAGGCAACAGCUACAUAGACACCCGCUGCAUAGCCGACAUUCUCCCAAACACUGAAGUGCAGCUCAUUGAUUGCAAAACGGUGAAAAAUAUUGCGACGGCAAAGUGGAAUUUCAAACAGGGUCAGCCGAUCACAAACAUCGGCACGGGACGGUGCAUGGAGGUGGUGCCCAUUCCAACCGACCCGUUCUACAAAGUAGUAAUGCAGAAAUGCUCGGGCCAGAGGUGGAAUUUGACAAUUCCCGCCGUAACUUUCUGAGUUGUUGCUGUUCCUGGACUGUAGGGCAUCUUUUAUAUUUCAUAUUUAUUGUGUGCGCACUUGAGAUCACAUUUAACCCUUCCUUGAUUUUAUUACCAUGCAAGCUUGUUUGUUUAUUAUUUGGUCAUAUUUGUACAUCAUCAGUGGUUUUUUUUUUUUUUUUUUUUUAAAGAUUGUUUAGCUUCUCUUAACUACACAAAGUUUCAAACACAUCAGUGUUUGUCAUCAGUAGAAACCUGGGAAGGGGGGCAACGUACAUUUUCGUCUUGUACAAAAUUAAAUAUCAUUUGCAGUUAUCAUGAACUGCUGAACUGAAA